CCACGGGUAAAUUCUUGAGCCCCUAACCCGCAGGGGUGCGGCAUCUUAAUAAUAGCUUGUGGCUUAUCAGCACACUAAAUGCAACAAUUUUGUUUAUUAAUAAACCCAUUCAACAAAAACUGAGCUUCAUCGCCAAAUAAAAUUUUAUUGCGAAAAUCGGGGUCGGUGAACAUCUCGUUUUGGGCCUAUACAUCGAGCGUGCGACGUUUCCAUUUAUGCACGAAUGCCAAAACCCUUCCACAUACUCGUUCACACACUUAAUGGACGCUGCUCAAACUGUUGUUCGUGAUUAUUAUCUCGUCUUUUUCGAUACUCUUCUCCACAGUAUCAAAAGCGUCUUGGGUGCGUAUUGUCACUAGAGUGAACAUGGUGCGAGACCGAUUUACAUACAUAUAGAUUUGACAUAACACGCACAGAGUGUAGGAUGACUCCAUCUCACUGGAUAGGAUCCUUCUUCUCUCAAUUUUGCUCCUCCUUAUGCGUACCCCUGACGAUUAUGCUUGAUAUAAUAGUAGUGUAACAUCUUUAUUACAUGCCUACAUUCUGGUUUAACCCUGUUUUCUUUGCAUACCAUCCGGGGAUUUUAAUUAAAAUGUUUCAAAAUUGCUGUUUUUCGAUCUGACAGCGUUUGAAAAUGCUCUCUUGCACUAGAAUAACCCAGCAGCAUAAGGUGAGGUAUUGGAAGCGUAGAGCAGAAGUGGAAACUAUGUGUGGCUGAAUUCAUUCACACAUUAAAUUAAAACGGUGAUGUUUUAGCAAAUAUAAAUAUUCCAUUCCAAAUACCGUUUCAAGUAGGGGAAGUGUCCAUGUGUGUUUUAUAUCUUUCAUUGUAACCUUACCAAGUGAGCGAUUAUUUCAGAUACCCACAUUUUUAUCGCGUAUUAGAGAAUAAUAUUGCAUAUUUUAUCAUUUGUAUUUGAUUACAAAGGAAUUUCGUAUACUUUUUUUUAAUUUUAAUGUUUUGUUUUCGAAUAUAUAAUUAUAUUUUUUGAGAUUACAAUUGAAACUAUCACUAAUAGUUUGAGUUUGUUUUUGCCCUUUGAGAAUCGAACUGCAUACGCUUCGCUUCGCGUCAAAUGGUAAGGCCUUACCAAGUUUUCUAGAGAGAUGCAUCACAACCCUCUGUUCCUGCUUUGUUGUGUUCAACACAGCCAUAAAGCGUACACAUUUACAUAUUUUCAUGCACUUAAUUCCCUUCUUAUUACUACGCGAAUUUAGUUUAACACGAAAAAAUUCUCCUUUUACACGAAUUGUUUUGUUUUUACACGCUUUUCAAUAUUCGAGAUUUUUUCGACGUCAUUUAGUUUGAUUUUACGAGUUGAGGAGAAAAGACGUAUUGGUUGUAGUGCUCAUUUAAAAAGUUAUAAGUAAAGUAAAUUAAAGCUAUAUACGUGCUAUAUGUCUAUAUGGUUUAUUGACUGAUGAGCAGCACAAUGCCGGUUGACACACCUGCAACAAAAGCGAAGAGGAAGGCGAUCAGCUUAGAUACUAAAAUCAAUAUUUUAGAUCAACUUGCAACCGGACAAGGUACAACGGCUGUGGGAAAGAAGUUUGGAAUACAUGAAGCUACCAUAAGAACGAUUAAGAAAAGUGAAGCUGCGAUCCGAGAAUCGGUGUGCUCUGGCACGGAAAUAAGUGUUAAAUCAACGUCAUACAUUAGAGAUGCUCUCAAAGAAAAGAUGGAAAAAGCUUUGGUACUGUGGAUUGAAGAUAAAUCACAAAAACGAAUGCCAGUAGAUGGAAUUGCCAUCAAGCAAACUGCAUUAAGAAUCUAUAAACGCGUGAAAGAAUUGCAGUCAAGCACUACAGUUCAGUCAAAACAACGUGAAUUCACUGCAAGUACCGGUUGGAUGACAGGUUUUCUUAAACGCCAUGCUCUUCGCAAUCUAAAAAUGAAGGGAGAAACUGAAUUAGUAGAUGCUAAACAAUUGCCUAAAUUAAAUAGGAACUCCAUGGAAUGUGGAGAAUUCAAUAAUCCAUUAUAUGACAAUAUAGACGAAUUUUUAAUUAAUCAAAGACUAAGAGAAAAUGAAUUUAUAGAUCUCACCCUUGAGCAUGAUCGUGAGAGCGAACAGGGUGAUAAUGUUGAAGAAGAUCCGCUCGAUUUAAAUGCAACUCUAAUUAAAGAAGGUCUUGAUCUUGCCAAACGAUUGGGCAAUCAUUUCGGCCAACACGAUCCUGACGAGGAAAGAGCGACAAAAUUUCAAUGUGAAUUGAACGCGUUAAUGUCUUCUUACCGGGAACUUUAUAACGGUUUAUCACGAAAUCAAACACAAUCUUUGACGACUGAUUGUCUGCCAAAAAAUACUGAAUUAUUAACACGGCGAAGUAUAGAUGAUAGUUCAAAACCUUUAAUUUCACAACCUGCGAAACGUAUGCGUUUAUUCACCGAGAAUGAAAAUUCAUAAUUUUUUUAUAUUAGUGAAUUCCAGAUUUUAUUUUAUUUUUCUAAGCGUUUAAUAUUCUUACAAUUUAUUUAAUGAAUUAAAAUGUGAAAUGAAUUUGUCAAAUGAAUUAAGCUUGAAUAAGCAGAAAUAUGACUCACAAUAUUCAUUAGUCUUGUAAUAUUAAUACUGAUUAUAGUUUUAAUCAAGUAAUCAUUAAUAUUGUUGAGCACAAAUGAAAAAAUAAAAAAAAAAAAUUUUCGAGGUUU